AUGGCCCGUCCUCAGAUCACCACUAAGAAGUAUGCAUCGUCUGCAAUCGACAAGGUCGAUAACAAAUUGCACGAUCAUGGCAGUGGCGAUAGUCGCAAUAGCCACGAGAAGUCAUGGCAGCUGGCGAUGAGGGUGAUGACCAAGCGGAUCGAGAAGAUAGAUGUCGACACUUGCGAGUGGGAGGAGGUGCUCCCUUUCAUGGUAGGAGACGUUGGUGAAAUCUAUCGCCAACGCCAACGCUGGAAGAUGAUGCUACCAAGAGUCGAGGCACACUAUGCUGUCAAAUGUAACCCUGAGCCGACAGUGAUUCGCCUUCUCGCCAGAAUGAAUUCAAGCUUUGAUUGUGCAUCGAUUCCAGAGGUCGAAGCAGUGCUCGAGCACGGUGUCGAUCCCUCUAAAAUCAUAUUAGCUCACCCUCGGGCAUCUGUGCGACAAAAGGUUGCCGCGAUCAACCACGGUGUACGGCAAAUGACGGUCGACACAAAACAACAGCUCCACGACGCCAAGAAGUACUUCCCAACCGCGAAGCUUCUCAUCAGACUCGCUCCCGAUGAUUCAAAGAGCAAAUGUCGUCUGAGUGCGAAAUUUGGCUGUUCAUUUGACAAAGCCAAGGAAUUGCUACAUGUGGCCAAACAUGAAGGACUGGACGUUGUCGGAAUUGCUUUCCAUAUAGGCUCUGAUGCCUCCGAUACUCAAGCUCCGUUCAACGCGACUAUGCUGGCACGAGACUUGAUUAAUUAUGCGGAAGACUCUGGCUUGUACAGCUUCAGUGUGCUUGACGUCGGCGGCGGCUUUACAGAUCAUCUCUUUGAGCCCAUGGCGGCAUCACUCAAAGCAGCGCUCGAAUUCAUUCCUCAGAGCAUCCGCGUCAUUGCUGAACCUGGCCGUUUUAUGGUCAGCUCCGCUUUCCGCCUUGCUUGUCAAGUCAACGAUAUUGAUUACGAGGGAAACAACGAGGGGAACAUCCCAAUUCACAUCAACGCGGGCGUUUAUUCUGACCUCGCUAAUGUCAUUUCCGACCACCAAGUGCGGAUUCCGAAAUUGCUUUGCAAGCAGGAUCCCUCUAGCGAAUCCUUCCGAUAUCGAGUGUGGGGCCCAACAUGCGACAAUUUUGAUGAAGUUGUCAAGUCCUGUUCAUUGCCGAAGGUCAGCCAACAUGACUGGCUCUACUUCGAGGAAAUGGGAGCCUACACAAUCCCAUGCGCUACCGAGUUCAAUGGAAUCCGUCGAGCUGACAUCAUGUGGGUCUCAAGCGAGCGCGGUGCUUCGUCGCUGCUGGGAUGGGAUGCUGACAUCUAA